AUGAGGAAGAAGCUGGACACGCGCUUCCCCGCUCCUCGGAUUAAGAAGAUCAUGCAAGCAGAUGAAGAUGUGGGCAAGAUUGCUUUAGCUGUACCUGUUCUAGUGUUUUUUUUGCUUAAUGUGUUCAGGAAGCAGUGCAUACAAACAUACAACGUCUAUGACUUCUUGACUGAAGUAGUCAGCAAAGUUCCAGACAUUGGUCCUUCUGAUGUUAUUGCUGAUGAUAAGCUUGGCAAAAGGAGGAAAGCUGAAGAAGAUGGAAGUGAGGAGGAAUUAAAGAGGACAAGAAAUGAGGCAGAAAGCUAUACAAGCAAUGGCAGAGGCCGUGGGAGAGGCCGCCGUGGAUGUGGAGCUUGGCGGGAGGUUUUCACAACUCAUGAACAAUUCGCGGAGAACCAAUCUAGCAAGCUUGCCAGCCUAAAGGUGGAGGUAGCAGAUGAGGUCCCGAAUGCAACUGAAGCAAAAGCGGCUACUACACCAGUGAGCAAUGCCAGGGCUUCCUUAAGGAACAUUGACUUGAAUUUGGAUCCAACUGCUGAAGAGGAUGAGGUUACAGUGCCACCCCAAGCCCAGCUGCCAGCUCCAGCAACUAGUUCCGUCGCAGCCACUGCAGGACCUGGACCAUCUGCUGGACCAUCUGUUCCACGGUCAAAGGAAGGAGCAAAACUCAAGGACUUUCUUGGUGCUUGGGAACUGCCUGACAUGAACAAGAUGGAGAUGGACCCUAUCCAGUUUGCUUUGUCAACAAACCAUAGAUUGGAGGAGGAUGAGGAUUAUGACAAUGAAAACUAA